AUGAGGGUCAACUCAAUAGUACUGAAGAAACUUUUGAAGCUUUCCGUCGUCGUCAUCUGCACAGUUGGCUUUCUCUUACAGACACUUGAAUUUCUUUUUUUGUAUUGGACAUAUCCUACAGUUGUAGAUAUUCAAGUAACAGUACCGUCAGAAAUUGACAUGCCUGGGAUUACUAUUUGUAACAGCAAUGGGCUCAGACCGUCACUCAUAUGUACCCUUAAAGGCGUUUGCACUCAACCGAACAUGCUCAGAUUUUUAGACCUUUGCCGAUUUUUUCCAGACGCUUGUGAAAACGGAACAUUUCCAUCAAAAGAUUUCACCGGAAUAGGUUAUCAAAUGUUUCUCAGAACGUACGCCGUCAACGCGAGCUUUAUGCAUCAACUCAGGUUACCGUUAUCCAGGUAUCUGAAAUGCAAUAUUACAUCUGGAAGCAAAGAAACACCAUGCAACUUAGAUGACGUAGUGAUUGGCUCAUAUUACAGCGAAUAUUUCAUGCCUAACCUUUGCUACACAAUCAAUUCCUUGUGGUCUAACCCGAACAAAAAAAUUAGUAAGAUUCAGAAGUCUGACAGAAUCAAGAUGGAGAUCUACACGGACUUAAUCGACCGUUUGCCAGAUCCACCCCUUGAUUUGGUUCAGAAACCUAAGUACAAUUACCCAAGCAAUCCUAUGGUACAGAUUGGCGUUCAUUCCCCAUACACAACAGCCAGUCCCUACUUGUACGGACAAUCAUUUAGUGGAGGAAAAAAAUACGAAAUCAAACUUAAGCAGGAUGAGAAACAUCUACUACCGGCUCCUUAUCAAACGAACUGCACAGACUACAUGCCAGAAUGGCGUAAAAGAAACGGAGUCGCUCCGCUCAAUCAAAUCAUGGCAAUCCAGGAAUGCAAGCUGAAUUCUAGCCUGAAAGCUUUUGGAUGUGUUCCUAUCACAGUUGAUUUUCCACAUAAUAAGACAAUUUAUUCUAGGUGUCAAACAAUUUGGGUUGAGUUUGGUUUUGAUAAUUUUGAAAUUACCAAUGUUACUUAUAACCCAAAGUUUGAAACAUUAGAGUUGUUCAGUGUCAUUGGAGGGUACAUGGGAAUGUACUUGGGUGUCUCCCUCCUGGCAGUUUACGAUUUCGGAGAGUUCAUCUUCGAAGCCAUAUACGAGGCCAUGAAGAAGAGAAAACUUAAAUGA